AUGCCAGUCGAGACGUCCUUAAACGAGGGACAGCCGAAGCCCAAAGACCCUGAAAUUGCGGAGAAGCGACCGUCCAUCGCGGGUAGCGUCGGCGAGGACCUCAAGGCUGGCCAGAUCGAGCUUCUCGAUGAGGCCGAAAUCUUCCUGCAGGAGAAUGGCAUUCCCCACUCGCGGCUUCGGGAACUUCUCCAGGACGAGGCUGCUCAGAAGAAGCUUGUGAGGCAUAUAGAUCUGACAUUGCUUCCCUUACUUAUGGGAACGUACCUUCUGCAAUACAUCGAUAAGCAGGCGCUGAGUUACGGAGCAGUCUUCGAUCUAUUCGAAACCACAAACACUAGUCAGAGCCAAUAUUCAUGGCUUGCCAGCAUCUUCUACUUUGCAUACCUCGUCGCGGAAUGGCCGGCGAGUUAUCUUGCUCAGCAUUUCCCUACCGGCACCGUUGUUAGCAUUUUCGUCCUCUGCUGGGGCACAGUUCUGACAUGCACGGCGGCGUCUCACAGCUUCGCUGGCCUGGCGGUCUGCCGAUUCUUGCUCGGCGCGUUUGAGGCUGUGAUCACACCCUGCUUUAUGAUCAUCACUAGCAUGUGGUACACAAGAUCGGAAGCCCCCGUACGCGCAGGAGCCUUUUACUGCUUCAACGGUUUUGGCUCCAUGAUUGGUGGCAUCUUAUUCUACGGGGUUGGCCAAGCUGACGGCUGGGAUGUCUGGAGAAUAAUCUUUGUCAUUUGCGGUGGUAUGACCAUCGUUUGGGGCGUGGUUCUCUUCUUCUUUUUGCCCAACAACAUCCUCACAGCCAAGCGAUAUACCGUUGAGCAGAAGGCUCUUCUGAUCGCCCGCAGUCAGAGCAACAAGACCGGUGUCUUUAGCAGCAAGAUCAAGCCUGCACAGAUCAAGGAAGCGUUCAAAGAUCUUCAAGUCUGGCUUUUGUUCUUCUACACCUUGCUCAACGAAAUCGUCAACGGUGGCAUCGCCAACUUUGGUAAGCUGAUCGUAAAGGGUUUCACCAAAGAUGCUCUUUUGACUACCGCUUACGGAAUCCCUUAUGGCGCUUGGGUUGCUUUUUUCAUCUUUACAGGCCCGUUCUGUGCCUCACGUUUCAAGAACUUCCGUACAAUUGUCAUGAUGACUUGGGUAUUGCCGACGCUCAUCGCAGUCUCUCUGUUCCUGAAACUGGACAGGGGCAACAAGAACGGCUUGCUGAUGGCUUAUUACAUUAGCCCCUCAUUCGUUGGCGCUUUAGUUGUCGCGCUUCAAAUGCCUGCCGCCAACGUUGCAGGUUACACUAAACGUGUUACCUCUACUGCUUUUGUCUUCCUUGCAUACUGUGUAGGCAACAUCAUCGGACCACAGGCGUUCCUCGCAUCCGAGGCUCCGAUUUAUGGGACUGGAUGCAAGGUCAUAAUGGGAUGUACUGUUGGUCAGGUCAUGCUCGCAAUUGCGAUUCGCAUUCUGCUCAUAAGGCGCAACAAGCAAAGAGAUGCUGAAGCUGAAGCCAGUGGCCAAAAUGCCGCUGACGAUGACGAUGAAGUGUUGAUGGACCUAACAGACUUUGAAAACAGGAAGUUCAGAUAUUCAUACUAG